AGAACAGGUGAAAUCUGAAUUCAUGUAUUUCACUUUCUCAGACUCAGACUGAGGGGAUAAUGUGUAAAGCAGCAGUAGUUAAUAAUAAGCGAACAGAUAAACAGUGGAGCUCAUUAGAAUGCACACGUCUCAUUUAAUAUUCAGUGAUUGUGUGUAGCCGUGCAGGUGUGAAGUGUUUCCUGCUGCAGGUGUGAAGCGGUUCCUCCUGCAGCCUCGCGGGGGGAAGUGACCUCUGCUGACAGCAGCUGAUGGGAGGAGUGUGUGAUGACAGCCAGCCUGUAAAACACGUUCGGCAAACCCUCCAACCCAGUCAGCCUUCGCUCCGAGCCGCCGCAGGAUCUCGGCCCGCAGCAUUCCCGCAGCUUUUACCUGUUUUUACCUCCGCGGCGAGUCGCUGCUGCUGCUGCUGACAGGCAGGCAGGCGGGCGGGCAGGCGGAGAACCAGGACAGUUCGGCGGGGAUGGAUGCAGCUGAGAGCCGGCUGGAGAGGAGCAGCCACACGGCGUUCAUACACGACAACACGCUGUAUGUGUGGGGAGGUUACCAGGUGGUUUCUGGAGAGGACGUCAUGUUGCCAAGCGAUGAGAUAUGGCUGUGUGAUUUGGACAGCGGCGUGUGGCAGUUGAAGGAGAUCACCGGAGACAAACCUCCAGACUUAUCAGGCUUCUGUGGCUCCCACGUUAACGACACGCUCUACAUCUUCGCAGGCUGCGACUCGGCUGGAUACACAAACCAGAUGUUCAGCGUUGACCUCACAGAGCCGCACUACGCCUGGAGGAAAGUCACCGACACCAACGGGACGACGCCAUCGCCGCGAAACAAACACUCCUGCUGGGUGCACAGAGACAGGUUAAUCUACUUCGGUGGAUAUGGAUGUAAGACCAUGGGGGAGGUGCAGAACACGUCGUCCACCAGCUUCAUCGUGGAGGAGAUGUCCUGGACAACAAUUGGAAACGCCUUAUUCAGGUGCUGGGGCUGGAACAAUGAAGUGAACGUUUUCGACACACACACCUCGACGUGGAGCGUGCCGGAGACUCGGGGUCCGGUUCCGACCCCCAGAGGCUGCCAUGCUAGUGCCCUUCUGGGGAACAAGGGUUACAUCUCUGGUGGUGCGGAAACGGCAGAGUUGGACAUGUUCUGCUUGGACCUGGACACCUGGACCUGGACUCAGUUUGACGUCUCUCCGUCCUCGGCACCUCUGGGACGCUCGAUGUUCACCAUGACGCCCACGUCGGACCACACGCUCUUCAUAUACGGAGGACUCGGCGUCGACGGAAACACGCUCAAUGACGCCUGGCAGUUUAACUCUCAGAAGAGAGAGUGGACCGAGAGGACACACCCGCACAAGGACAAGCCCAGGGUGUGUCACACGGCGUGCCUGGGAAACGACGACGACAUCGUUGUGUUUGGGGGGAGCAGCAACAUGCGUAUCCUCAUGGACUCUGUGGCUGUUCUGAGGGCUCCGUCACAGCAUCACUGCAGAGACGUGUUCAUGUUUCAGACGCAGCCGUACUCCCUCAUCAGACUUUGCGAAGACUUCAUAGGAAGAAACCCGGAGCUGUUCGGGCAGCAGCUGAACUGGCUGCCGUCGAAGCUUCGCGGCAAAAUCGAGAAGCGUGUGGCCUUUUUCUCCGCUGUGACGCCCGUUCUCACAGCCUGAAGGUUGAAUUUUAAAAAGACGACAAGAUUCUGAGCCAGUUGAUGAUUAUUACAGUUUUCAUUCUUUGUAUUGUUAAUGUCUGUCUUUGUGUUUAAUGAUUUAAAAAAAACAAAACAAACAAACAUGGUGCUGAAAUUUCAUCGUUUUAACUUAUAAAAUGUUAUUUGUAAAGUAUUUUUUUGCCUUAUUUUAAUAAACACCCAGUUUAGAUUAGGACAUGUUUUACUCCAUAUAGCAAUGUGCAAUCUGUUUUUGAAUAAAGGUGUAUAUUUGUUGUA